GUCACUUUCGCAAACAUAAAGAAACAAUCAACCGCAGCCAAAAAAAAAACCUGAAAAUGGGAAACCGGAGAUUCGCGCAGGUAUCCACCAGCGACGAGGAGGACGAAAUGUUGCCACCGCCUCCGAAAACUCGGUCGACUUCGACGAGGUCGGAAGAUAACAAGAACAAGAAGAAGAAAAUGAAGCUUGAAGAGGAAGAAGAAGACGAGGAAGAGGAGAAAGUAACUAAAGCAGGGAACGCCAAGAAGAAAGGGAGAGGAAGGAAAGAAGUUGAAUCGGAAGAGGAGGAGGAGGAAGCAUCGGAGGAAGAAGAGGAGGAGGAGGAGGCGCCGCUAGAUGAUGCUAAGCCGAUUGGUGAACCGGUGAGGUUUUCCGGUAAGGGACGAGGACGGAGAAGUCACUAUGAUGCAUUUGAGUAUGAUGGAAAUAGAUAUGAACUUGAGGAUCCUGUGCUUUUGGUUCCUGAGGAUAAGAAGCAAAAACCUUAUGUGGCAAUUAUCAAGGAUAUAGCUCAGACCCAAAAACCUUGUAUGAGGGUCACUGGACAGUGGUUUUAUCGCCCAGAAGAGGCAGAGAGAAAAGGUGGUGGAAGUUGGCAGUCACGUGAUACUAGAGAACUGUUUUAUAGUUUCCAUCGUGACGAGGUUCCAGCAGAAUCUGUAAUGCACAAGUGCCUGGUGCAUUUUGUUCCUAUUCACAAGCAGCUACCAAAUCGUAAACAGCAUCCUGGUUUUAUUGUUCAGAAAGUGUAUGACACUGUAGAGCGGAAGCUUUGGAAGUUAACUGAUAAGGACUAUGAAGACAAUAAACAGCAUGAAAUUGAUCUUCUUGUUCAGAAAACUCAAUCACUUAUAGGAGACCUUCCUGACAUUGAAACUGAAGAUAAUGCUGCUGAACAACCAGAAGAUCAGUCAAAAUUUAAGAGAAUUCUUAGGAAAAAGAAUAUUGCUCCAAUUGAUGUUUCAAGGGAAGAAGAGGCAUCUUCCAGGCAUGAUAAUUUAAAAGCUGAAACACCAGGAAGUUGUAUCAGCAAUCAGUUCUUUGUAAUCUUAGAAAAAUUUAAUGCACUAACUGGAGACACCCCUCGUGACAAAUGGCUGGAGAGGCUUCUUCAAUGUAUUCAAUACAUGUGCAGCUCCCCUGAUGAUGGAAAAGUGAAAGUUGGCUCUGACGGAACUAACCAGGAUGCUGGAAAUGGAUCCGAAGUCAAUAAUCCUAAAAGCGGAAAAACCUUUCUCUGGCCUGAUGACGCUGUUAAUGCGGUAACUGCUCUUGAGAAGGCAUCGCAUGAACUUUCCUCUGAUUUUCAAAAGUAUAAUCAGAAGUUGCGCUCCCUGCAAUUCAACCUCAAAAAUAGCACACUACUGGCACAGCGUUUGCUCAAUGGAGAGUUGAAACCUUCCAAAAUAUUAGAUAUGUCACCGAAUGAAUUGAAGGAAGGAUUGACAGCUGAGGAGACAGCAAUAAAUGAGCCUGAUGAGUCAGCCGGCAUGCAGAUGACGGAUGCUCCUUGCCGGAGAUGCAAUGAGUCCAAAGUCGGGGUGAGGGACAUCAUCCAAGCAGGACAUGGAGAUCGCUAUCAGCUGGAGUGUACUGCCUGUGGCAAUUCCUGGUAUGCUUCGAGGGAUGCAGUAUCCAUGCUGACAAUAGAUGGGCCAAACUUGGCCAGAAGUGUAGGCACCGCGCCCUGGGCAACUGCCAAAUUCGAAGAGGUUGAGAAGAAAUUGGUCAGCCCACGUGAACACGAGAAGGCAGCUGAUAUGAUCAAGAAGACUAGCGAACCAUACAUACCUGUCGUUGAUUCACAGAAACCAUUUGCGAAGCCCAGGAUUGAUGAGAAUAUUGAAACUACAAAGAACGCGGAGUAAAACAUACGUACUGCGAGAAAACUUCUAUUUGUGUACAGCUAGCAUUAGCAUCUUCUUAUACAUAGGUUGCCCGAGUCGAUGACUCCGAGCUUGUUUCUAGCAGUUAAUCAGGUCAUGCAUUGUAUAUCUAUACAUGAGCAGGGAUAGGAUUUUUUUCCUGUCACAAUAGGAUUAGGAUAAUGGUUAAAGUUUUCUCUAAUUUCAUAGUAGCAAGCAAUGUAAGUAGUCGUGGUACAUCCAAAUAAAUGUGAGUCGACUUUACUUGA